UUAUUUCUCCCAAAUUUCUCUCUGUCUCUCUUAACAAAUUCAAACCAAACACAGCCAAAAUAAAACCAAAAAACUUGUUGAAAAUUCUAUAGAAAAAAAUUUCUUUCUUUUUUUUUGAAAAGAAUUUUAUGAAAAUGGAAGCUAUGUACUCAAAAACUUGUUUUAUGGUAGAUGAUGAUAUUCUUAAUUUCUCUUUAGAUGAUGAUGAAAAAUAUCAAACUUCUUCUUCUUCUUUUGAAUCAUCAAACACCCUUGGAUUUCAUCAAGAUGAUCAUAGCCCUUCAUUUCCUGAUUAUGUAGAGGAAGAAUUGGAAUGGCUUUCAAAUAAAGAUGCAUUUCCAGCAGUAGAAUUUGACAUAUUCUCUGAUCAUGUCCCUAAUGUCAUAUUUGAUCACCACAGCCCAAAUUCAGUACUGGAAAACAGCAGCAGCAGCAACAACAACAACAACAAUUGCAACGUAAAUGUUAAGGAAAACGCGUUUACAAGCCACACCUCUAGCCUCCUACAAGUCCCCAUUAACCACCCCGUUGGUGCACGGAGCAAGAGAAGGCGAAGAAUCGCCUUGCAAUUCGACAACUCGUGUGUGUGGGGUAACCAAGUGAAAUUCAACAACACUAGUACUAAGCAAGGACUAACAUUGCUCAAAAUAUCAUUGACUAAAGCUAAAAGAGGUACUAGCAUUGGUAGGAGGUGUCAACAUUGUGGGGUCGAUAAGACCCCACAAUGGCGUGCAGGUCCUACAGGACCUAAAACGUUGUGCAACGCUUGUGGGGUCCGGUAUAAGUCUGGAAGGUUGUUCCCUGAGUACCGCCCCGCGAAUAGCCCUACUUUUUCAGUUGAUUUACAUUCAAAUUCUCAUAGGAAAGUUUUGGAGAUGAGAAAGCAGAGGAUUUAAAAUCAAGUAUAUAGGGCAGGGUUAAUUAGUAGUGAGUCUAUAGUUUUUAAAUUUUUAGCACAAUUAGUAUGGAGUCUAGGUUUACUAAAACCAUAUUAUUUGUAUUGAUUUCCACUAAAAUCUACUAGGGUAUUUACAAGUUAACUUGGUU